UAAUUCCCGGAUGUUGUGUUGUUUUUCACCUGCGGCAAUGGUUUCUCUGUUAGCAUUAGCAUCUUUUGCACAAGGACGCUGUAGAUUUUAGCUUCUUUAAACAUCAGACAGACACAAAUGUCCACAUGGACAUUUUAAUCUUUCAUACCCGGAACUGACGCAUCAUCGCUGACAGUGUUUGUUUUGUUUGUUUAUUUGUUGUUAGUUCACUUGUAGCUAACGUGGCUAAUGCUAACCGGCGGCUAACAUGUGUCCAUGAGACACAGACAGAAAUAAUAAAUAGUUUUACAUAAGUCACAACAGAAUGAGGGUUUUAUUUGGAGUUAAAGCGCAACAUCUGAUCAGAAGAGUCUUCGUUCAUCCAGUCAGUUCAUCCGCAGCAGUGCGAUGGCGAGCGACUCCGUCCAGACUCCUCUGCAGCUCCUCUCCAGACGAGGAGAAACCUCGUCCCUCAAUGCUACGACACCUCACCUCCAAAAUAAAAGCCACGGGUCCCAUCACGGUGGCUGAGUACAUGAGGGAGGUUCUGACCAACCCUGUGAUGGGCUACUAUGUGAGGAAGGACAUGCUGGGACCGGACGGAGACUUCAUCACGUCCCCAGAGAUCAGCCAGAUCUUUGGAGAGCUGAUCGGGGUCUGGAUCAUCAGCGAGUGGAUUGGCGCCGGUCGACCCAAACAGCUGCAGGUGGUCGAGCUCGGACCCGGACGAGGAUCUUUGGCCGCCGACGUCCUCAGAGUGUUCAGUCAGCUCAGGUCGGUUCUGGGCGACUCCUCGGUUUCUCUCCACCUGGUGGAGGUGAGUCCGGCUCUGGGUCGGGUUCAGGCUCAGACUCUGACGAGCAGCUGCAGCCACGAGGCCGAGGACGAGGACGAGGCCGUUUACCGGCGCGGGGAGACCCCAGACGGGCUGCCGGUGUCCUGGUACCGUCGCCUAGACGACGUCCCUGCAGGAUUCAGCAUCUUCGUAGCUCAUGAGUUCUUCGACGCUCUCCCCAUCCACAAGUUCCAGAGGACAGAGAAGGGCUGGAGGGAGGUCAUGGUGGACAUCGUCCCAGACAAACCGGACCAGCUGAGGUUUGUCGUGCUGCCGUCUCCAACUCUGGCCUCAUCCACCCUGGUACAGGCAGGUGAGAGGCGGGACCACGUGGAGGUGUGUGCAGAGGGCGGAGUCAUCAUCCAGCAGCUCGCCCGGCGCAUCGCGGAGGACGGCGGCGCCGCGCUGAUCGCCGACUACGGCCACGACGGAACCAAGACGGACACGUUCAGGGGUUUCAAAGGUCACCAGCUCCAUGACGUCCUGUCCUCCCCCGGCUCGGCCGACCUCACCGCCGACGUGGACUUCAGCUUCCUGCGGAGGAUGGCCGAGGGGGGCGUGGCCGAGGGGGGCGUGGCCUGUCUGGGACCUGUCACUCAGGGAACGUUCCUGAAGAACAUGGGCAUCGACACCAGGAUGGAGGUUCUGCUGAGGAACUGCACGGACCCGUCCACCAGGAACCAGCUGAUCAGAAGCUACGACACGUUGACUAAUCCGACCAAGAUGGCCGCCCGCUUCCUCUUCUUCAGCCUCCUGCACCACAGCCGCCUGGCCACGCCCCCCAAACCAGAGGGGCUGAGGCUGGACAAGAAGAAGAGCCCGGUACCCCUCCCCGUGGCCGGCUUCACCCGGCUCAGCUUCUCCUGAACCCGGUCCAGGACCAGGUCCAGAACCAGGUCCAGAACCAGGUCUGACUGAUAAUUAUGACAAAACCACCGUACGACAACGUAGAGACUGAAAACUGAUCUAAGACAAAGAUCAAAGGAACGAAAAGAUGGAGGAAGGAAGGAAGGAAGGAAGUACGUCAGGUGUUAAACUCCUUUAAGAAACAGUUUGUAAAUGUAAUGAGAAAAUAAAAGUAUUUGUUGUUUCUAUGGAAACAGUAACUGUGACACAACGUCAGGUCAGAGGUCGACUUCUUCCCUCGGCAACGCUCAUCCUGAAGCAGUUAGCUCCUCCGCUAGCAAUUAAAAGAGCUAGUUACUGUCGCGGGGGGGGGCUGGGGGGGCUUCAGAUUCAUAAGAGCGCCCCCUAGUGGCCACACACUAAUAAAACUCUUAGAAUCGUGACGGUUUCUAAGAUAUUUUAACCAUUUUAGUAAAUUCUGAAAGUCUCUAAAAAAACAAGGUGAUGUGUGUGGUGUUGCAUGUGUGAACACAUGGACCAUAGAAAAUAUUUUACAUCAGAUUUGACUCCAUUUACACUAUUUAUUUUAUUUUUUUCAGAUGAAAACGAGUAAAGUAUUCAAAUAUAAAAGGUCUAUUGGGCCAAAACAGAACAUUUAAUCCUGGGUUUUACAUGGAUGUGAAUGGAUAACAAGUUAGAUAUGAGGUUUAAAACAAUACUGGACAAUAAAUAGUGAUUUUUGUGAAUAUUUUGGGUCAUUUUAGAUCCAGUUUUUAGGAUCCAUGAGGUUCAGAGUUCUCUGAUCCCAUUUUAAAGAAUCUGCUUCUUCUUUGAUUCUUGUUUGAAGAAAUGUAUUAAAACCUCUUGAGCUCCGGACGAAUAAAAACUUUUUUUGUCUCGUUUCAAAUCUGACUUUUCUGCACAUUUUCCUCCAAAUUUAUUCCUUUAGAAACAUUGUUUGUUCACAUAAAACACGCUAACGAGCUAAGAUGCUACAUGCACUAUGUCGUUACGUUCCUCUGUAAAAAUGAGAACCACGAUGCAGAGUUUGUUCCCCAAAGUUUUUAAUAUUUUCCCAUCGGGAUCCUCCACCAAACAUUUCUUGCAAAAAUAUAAAACAUGUGAAAUAAAUUCUCAGGCUGGAGUCAGAUCAGGAUCGACGACACUUUAGAGUUCAGAAUA